CACAAGACAUGUGUUUAUAAACAAAAAUUAAAAUGUAUCAAAUUAUUUUUGAAGCAACAAUUUGAUAAUUACUAGACAUAAAAAUACGAAAUGGCAAUGUUAGCAGAAGAUUCAAAAAUUAUGUCCAUGGCUAAUACCGAUCUAAUAUGGUCGCUAUAUCCGGACAGAUUUGUUACAUUUGGUAAUGAAUUAAAAUUAUAUGUUGUUGAUACAAUUACUGAACUACCUCAAAUGUUUGGCGGAAUUAAAUUAUCUGAAUUGAGUUUUUCACAAAUUCUCACUUCUAAAUCCGAAUUUCGUUUUGUUAAGUCGAUGGCAUGUAAUAAUCGAUUACUUAAACAUGGAGCGGAUGUUUUAUAUGCUCUUGGAUAUCAAAACGGCAAAAUUGUUCUAAAUUCAUUUGAUUCGAGUUCUGGAAAAGAGUCUGAUGCAGGAUACCAUUAUUCAAAUGUAGUUGGAAAAGAAUUCAUACAAGAAUAUCCUCGUUCAUGCAAUGCUUUGGAUUUUUGUCAAAUCGACAAUAACCUGUUGGCUUCGGGUUUUGAACGUAAUAAAGACGAUUAUUCUGUCAUGAUCUGGGACAUUGCUCACACUGGAAUCAAUUACAAUCAAGCUGCUCAAAGUGCAACUAUAACUGGAACAACUAAGCCAUUGCACCAAUCUGCUCCGAAUGAUCAAGUUCAUUCUCUUAGAUGGUUUCGUAACCGUUCUCUAAUUUGUGGCAUGAACAACAAACAUAUUAAAUUAAUAGAUGCCAAAGAAUCGCCCAAUCAAGGUCCUUGUGUUUUCACCAAAGGAGUUUACGGUAUAACUCCAGAUACUCAUACUGACUAUCGUUUCGCUUCGUUUUUUGAAAAUUUUAUUUAUGUCUGGGAUUUGAGAUUCUUUGAAAGUCCUCUGGUGACGAUAGGACCGGAACCUUCUAGCUUUGUCAAAUUAGAAUGGUGUCCAACCCGUUCCAACAUGUUGGCAGCAUUAUUAAAAGACACUAACAGUAUACGAUUGUAUGAUCACAAACAAUAUACUAAUUUUAAUGAAUUUCCUGAACCAUCUAUUCUAAAACGCGAUAUUACUCCGUUCGAAGUAAAUAAUUCACAAAUUUUAUCAUCAUUUUCUUGGCAUCCAACUAAUGAGUUUCAAAUGACCGUAAUCACUUCUAAUGGUGUGAUCCGUGAUUUCAAAGUAGUUGAUCGAAUUACGCUUAAUUGGUCACCAAUCUCCGAGAUAAUUUGGACACAUGGCAAAAAAAUAUUACAAUGCAUCGAUUCAAGAGAUUCAAUUUAUAAGGAAAUUGAUGAUAUUGCUGUUCGUAUGCGCAAAUUAGCUAUUGACGGUUAUGGUCUUUCGGCUGAGAAAUUAUGGGAUAUGUUUUGCAAAGAUAAUCCGCUUCACUUUGUUUGGAAAUGGAUUUAUAUGCAUAUUAACAGAAACGAUCCGAAAAACCAAGCUUUGAAAUCAAGCAAUGAGGAAAUUUCAUACGAUAUUUUUUCUUUACAUAAUACAGAGCGAUUUUUCGGAGUUAUGGGCAUUCUUUUCGAAAAAGAAUCCCCGAAAAAUUUGCGUCCAAGUGAACUCAUUUUGCCUAACAAUUUUCCAGCAGCUUUAAGUAAAAAGGAAAUUUACGUCAGUUUUGAGAGAUCUAAAGCUCUUCAAUAUUGUGGUUGGAGUGAUAGACAUUUUUCAUCAAAUUUCACCUCAUCUUUUGGCUUUGAUGAGCUAGCUAUUACAUCUAAACUGGAUUCUAAUAUUCCAUGUGAUUAUUUUAUUUCGAUUAAUGAAAAUGAACAUAAUUACACUCGGCUUGCAGCUAUUAUGGUUUUUAAUGGACGAGUCAGUGAAGCUAUUGAAUAUUUGAAUCGUGCAUCUGAUUUUGCAAGCAAGAACUCUUGUAAUAAUCAUAAAUCUAAUGAUCUCCAUCAGAAUGGCAAACAAACUGAUAAAGCAGUUUCAUUGAACGCUAUAGCUUUGGCUUUAUCAACAUUUAUUACCACUGUUGAUCGAAUAGAUAAAUCGAAUGGCAAUCUAUACAUUUGGGAAGAAAUAUGUUCCAAAUUGAAACCCAAACUUGAUGAUCCAUACAUUAAAGCUAUAUUCAAUUUUGUCUCUGUUGAUUGUAAUUCGGAUGUUGGAAAAUAUAGCGAAAUAAUCUACGAUGAAAAGUUAGAUAUUGCUGAUCGUGUUGCAUUUGCAUGUCUUUAUCUUCCAGACACAGAGCUGACUGAUUUCCUAUUUCGAGUACAAAACAAUUUGAUUGAGAAAAAUGACUUGCGAGCAAUUUUGUUUACAGGACUAACUGAAGAUGGAUUAGAAUUAUUUAGGAGAUAUAUCGAAAGUACUAGUGAUGUACAAACAAUUAGUUUGAUUCUAUUAUGGACAUUGCCACAUUCACUUUGUAAAAUUCCGAUUGUCAAAAUUUGGAUUGAUAACUAUAAACAAUUACUCGAUUGUUGGCGAUUAUGGAAUGUCAGGGCUCAAUUUGAUCUAAAAUGGUAUGAAAGUAUGAAUUAUUUGGAAGAACCGCGACAACAAAUCUACAUCGUUUGUAAUUAUUGUCGAUCACCGAUAUCUACCUAUACUCACACUGAUUCAAAUACAAAAUCUCCAAUAUCUCACCCGCAACCAAUCUCUCAUCAUCAAUAUAACCGAGCUUCAAGUGCCAAUUCAUCAUCGAAUAAAUUACGAAUAUGUAGCUGUUCGAAUUGUGGUAAAACAUUACCACGAUGUUCAUUAUGUCUUACACAAUUGGGCACACCAGCAGGUUUUCAUUGGCGUCCUGGUAUCAUUCUAGAAAAAAGUAAUCGCAAAUUAUCACCAUUUUCAUCCUGGUUUACUUGGUGUCAAACAUGCAGACACGGUGGUCAUUCUGUUCAUCUUCUUGAUUGGUUCACAGAGAAUACAAUAUGUCCAGUAGCUGGUUGUAAAUGUAAAUGUAUGGGGUUGGAUGCUAAUGCUAGACCUAUAUUUUAAA